AAAAUCUACGUACAGAAAUAAAGAGAGAGAGAAAAAAAAGAUGGGAAAAGUAUUAGAGGAACCGUUAUUGCAUGAUGCAUCAUUAACAUCUCAUGUUUUUGAAGAAGGAGAUGUGGCUGCGAAAAUAACAAAGGUGAAAAAGGGGUCAUUAAGUGAUAGUGUUUCACCUUCACCAAGUCCAUUGUUAGUUGUUUCACCAAUAAUACCUGGGAAAUAUCCAGUUUUAUUAUUUUUCCAUGGCUUCAUUCUCAAGCCUAGCUGGUACAAGUCUCUCCUUCAACACAUUUCUUCCCACCGCUACAUAGUUGUUGCUCCUCAGUUUUCUUCUCUGAUUUCUCAAAGCAAGGAAGUGAAAAAAGCAGCCAAAGUUACAGAAUGGUUAAGCAAUGGCCUAAACUCAGUUCUACCGGAGAAAGUGGAACCAGAUCUUUUCAAGAUCGCCGUCUCAGGCCACAGCAGAGGUGGUAAAACAGCAUUUUCACUAGCUUUAGGAUAUGGAAACCUCUCCAGCUCAACCCCAACAACUCCUCUCAAAUUUCAAGCACUUCUAGGAAUCGAUCCAGUUGCAGGUUCCUCUCCGUCAAGCCAAUCUGCCCCGAAAAUUCUCCAAUAUAUUCCUCGAUCGUUCGAUCAGAGCGUCCCCGUGGCGGUGAUUGGCGCCGGCUUGUCAAACCAACGCGCAUAUUACAUCUUCCCACCAUUUGCACCAAACGGUGUCAACCAUUCAGAGUUUUUUAACGAGUGCAAGCCACCUUGUUAUUAUUUUCUAGCUAAGGAUUAUGGACACACUGAUAUAUUAGAUGACAAAAUUGCUGCAAUAGCUAGUUUGAUUUCAAAGAGUGGAAAAGGAUCAAAGGAUUUGAUGAGAAAAGCUGUUGGAGGGAUUGUUGUGGCCUUUUUGGAAGCUAAAUUGGGAGGUCAAGUGGAUUUUCUGAAUGAUAUUGUGAAAGCGCCUUCUCUUGCUCCUAUUACACUUGAUCCAGUCAUACCUAUGUCAAAUAACUAAGAUCUUUUUUCUUGCAAUAAUUUUGUGUUGUUGAUUUUAAAUCAUGGAGUUUAGAACAUUGAAAGAAAGGGGACUUUAGAGAAAAGGUAUUAAAUAUAGCUCCAUUUUGCUGAGUUGUUCUGAUCAUUCUUUCUUCUAUUUGGUACCAUUAAUGUCUUAGUUGACUGCCGAAUCUUUCGGUACUGUUUCGGAUUUUUGGUGAAGUUCUUUGAACAUUAUCUUUAGUAGGAUAGCUUUUUUCUUUUCUAUGAUGUUAAAGAAGGUUAGGUUCCUAUGUCCCCCUCCGUAACUGUAAUUUGCUGCUUAUUUGUUUACUCAGUAGGGGGAGGUGAAAGCCUAGGUGAAUGGUUUUUUGCAGUGGCGGAGUCAAAAAUUUCGGAUCAAAAAUAUAAAAGAGUAAGAAAUGAGGAAGCCAAAAAGCCUAGGUGAAUGGUUUUUCACUUUUUUGGUUAAAAAAAAAUUGUUCUGUAUCGUUGAUUCUGAAUUGCGGGUUUGUAUGAGUUCUUAUAUAGAAGUUCAAAUCAAAUGUGCUUAAUGAUUAUACGUAUGUGGGCUUACAGACUAUUGGAUUGAUCAAUUAGAUAAGAACCAUUUUUUGCGCGGAUUGUCCUUUUUUGGGGUGGUCUUAAAUUUUUGUCCCUCACAUUGCUGGUCUUUAAUUUUUGUCCUUCACUUAAAAAAGUGGCUGAAAAAAUUCCCAGAUUCUGGGUUUGCACCCCGAUCAGUCAAAGAAAAAAAAAAUUCGCAAGGCAAGGCUUUGGGAAAAGUCUGCCUUAUGCGGCACAGGUUUCC